AUGCCGAUACAAAUCCCACGACUUCGCUGGGCUGGCAGUGACAGUCGUUCAAGCGUCUGGUUUGGCCUGGCAAAACUGUGCAUGCACGACAAGUACCGGCGAAUCGAAGCCAUUCGGAGGAGCAGGCGGGAUCGGGCACGCGGAGCAAUAUCUGCCGAAGCGUCUGCCAGAGCUACCACUGCAACCACGCCUGGUAAUGACCAACAGGGAGCCGGGACGGAGCCAGCCAUGGAGGAGGGCAUUGAAGAUGAAGAAACACAGGCACAGGAGGCUCAAGCCAGAGAUGUAGAGGAUGACGCAGCGGCCGCUCUUGCAGACGUCGCCGGAGCAGGAGAGGCAAGUGGUGCAGAGGAUAGGAAGUCUAAUCACAAUCGUGACCAAAAGGAUUCACCCAUUUGUCCGACACAGGCGGAGGGCAUUCGCAAGCACAAGAGUGUGCUCCUUCGCUUCAGCCCUCAAAAGCAGCAUCAGCUAGGACGAGAAACAGCGUACGAGCUCUUGAUUCCCAUACGCCCGGUGAAGACAACCAAGAACCACAGUGGGCUCGUUCUCGCCGCAUGUCAGCGGUAUCCUCCAUACGAUCUGGGGGCGCAAGAACCGUCGCUGGACACCAGAAUUCUACCGCUAACCGUCAGGGGUCCAGUCGAUUCUCAUCUCCCCGACCCUCAAUUACAAUCGGCGGGGCUGCUCGCCGCAUUCGUCAAGAGAUCCUUCACGCGGUUCUACAGUUGCUGA